UAUAGUAUGAAUAAACUGAACAGCACAGUACGUGUACUUACGGUUGGUUUAAAACUUGUUAAUAAAACUGCGAAAUGGAAAGUAAUUUCACAAUUUUCAUUUGAAAAUUAGUUUUAAAUUUUCAAAUUUUCCGGAACUUGUGUUUUCAUGCUAUAGAAUUAUGAUAAAUAAAUGAUUAUCAUUCUGGGAAUUUAUACUUUGAACAAUUACAGUUGUUCAAAGAUGUGGCACCAGCCGCUGCUUGCCCAACCUGCCUAAUGUUUGUCAGUUUGUUUUGCAAGAUCUUAGUCAUUUAAUACCGAGUGAAUUUUGAAAUACCGUAUCAGCAUGGCUGAUAUCGAAAUGGAGACAUCUAAGAACGAACCUUUGCAAGAACAGUUUUUGUUUUCCGAUGAUGAGGAACAACGUAUGACGGAUGCAGCUGCACCGAUGGCUCUCCGAAAAUCUCCUUCCAAAACUGCUCGAAAACUUGCAAUGACAAGGACGCAUUUGCGGUCAGCCAAAAAGCGUCGAUUGGUCUCCCUAGAUACCGCGCGAGCCUCUCUUGCAGAGAUGCCUAUAUUAUCCGACACAGUGAAAGUCAGUUUUCUCAAUUCGUCCAAAGAUGCAGAAACCCUAUCCACGACUGUAAACGAUAUGGGUGUUCCUGAAUUAUCUGGCAACAUUGUCAAUUACGACGGUGAUGAAGGGCCCGCAUCAGGGCGCUAUCUCACUUUGCCGUCCAGGAUUGCGGCUGUAUGCAUCAGGAAGAAAGGCGCAAUGUCGUGCUUGCUGUCGCGCACGGAAAACGGAUGGUGGCUGCCGUUUCUUACGCCCAGACCUGAUGAAAGUAAUUUGGAUGCCGUUAAAAGACUGCUGAAAAUGAUAAAUACCGAAGAGGCAAGAGAGCUGGAGUUGAGUCGUAUUCGCGUCAUACAUCUUCCCAAUGGACAAUCUAGCACGACCUACCUCUAUACCUGUUCAGUAGAAGGCCGACAACAACCCAAACUGGAGCGCUGGUUUGAUCUGAAGCAGCUGGCCGCUAUUGCCCAAAACUUCACCCUGCUCAAUCGUGAACCAUUAGAACUGACCAAAGAUGCAUCAUCUAUCAAAAGCAAGCCGGAAACAAGUUUCUGUGAGAUUUUUAUGCCGAAACUAAUUCCCCCGUCCGAGGCAGAUUCUGCUACAUAUAACAGCAGUGGAUUAAGUUUAUCCCACAUCGGUUCCUUGGUGCAGGCGUCCCGGUUUGAUGAAGAUGAUCAGGCAUCUGUUUACAAAGAGUUUUUUACCGCAUGUUUCCCGAGUGAUCUUAUGAACUUAAACACAUUCAAGCGAGCAAUGGAGACCGGUUUUCAGUUGGGAAUUUACACUAAUUAUGAAGACUUGUAUCGCGCUUUUGGAGAGUUCACCAAAGAUGCGGACAGUUAUUUAACUUACGAAGCCUUCCUUGCCGGUAUUUGCGCAAUGAAUCCGACGACACCACAUGGUGGCGUCCCAGCCGAGUUGCGAUGCCGUUUCAUGUUCCGCUAUUACGACAAGAACAGCGACAGGAUUCUUAGUGCGGAAGAAUUCAAAAGUCUUUUGCGCGAUUUGAGACAGUCCCGGGGAUUGGUACCAGAUGAAAAUGCUACGGAGGCAGAAUGUCGAAGUGCCAUGAGUGUUUUUGACCUGCAAGGAGACGGAAGUGAUAUUCCGCUGGAUAACUUUCUUAAUGCUGUGGGUCACCUGCGAUUUCGGGGAACAUCGUCAUUGUUGCGUUUUCAAGCUCCAGUCAGAUCGCGUAGAAGUGACAUGGAUGUUGUUAAUGUUGAGAGUGUGAGUCGCAAACGAACGCUAACCGGAAGGGCUUUCCCGAUCACCGCAGCUGUUUCAGUAUCUUCUGCCGAUCUCAGUGCCAACUCGAAAAUAAAAUUACGUGAUUCCAGUGAUGACCACGAACCAUAUGAGUUAGCCAUGCACUCCGUGAAAGUUCGUCGUUCUGGUGUUUUGGGUGAUAUUCAGACUUUAUGGGACAUGGAAGGGGCCAAUACGCUUUCGGCGGGCAUUACCAACAGUGAUCAACAGUUUAAACUGAAUCUUUGUCGUAUGAACUCGCUUGUUUCAUUCAACAUGCGGAACAGCAGCAACGAAAUGAUCAACGGCUUACGGUACUUCGAAAGAGAAAUUACGACUGAAGACGUGGUGCACAACAAAAUAGCAAAAUCCAUUAAGCCCGCUUUUGACUGGGGUGCAACGUCUUUGGAAAAAUUCGCUGAAUGCCUGUUCGAGAUUUGCAAAUCACUGAAACCCAUUCUCCAGAAAGAACCUCGUUUAUUACGUUUAAGGGCUCCUGUUUACGUAUUAGGGGAUAUUCAUGGCAACUACAGCGAUCUGAUGAGCUUCGAAAAAGUGUUGUGGCGUAUGGGGCCGGUUUUGACCCCGGCGUCCUUUUUAUUUCUCGGUGAUUAUGUGGAUCGCGGGGCUUUUGGUAUUGAAGUGGUAGCGUACUUAUUUGCCCAGAAGUUUCUCGCUCCAGAUCGGAUAUGGCUGCUUCGUGGUAACCAUGAGCUACGGAAUGUGCAAAAAAAUUUUACAUUCUACGAUGAAUGCAAGAAAAAGUUUGGCGAUGCUGUUGGAGAAAAGGUGUGGAAUGCUGUCAAUGAUAUUUUUGACUACUUGCCACUUGCGGCUGUGAUUGACGAUGAGAUCUUCUGUGUACACGGUGGAGUACCGCACCGUAGAUUUCUCAGUGGAACAAUCGAAAGCAUAAAUGAGAUUCCAAAACCCCUUAGAAUCGAAACGGAAAGUCAGCUAGCAUGGGAGCUGAUGUGGAAUGAUCCUAUUGGAACGGAACGAAUCACUCCAGAGAUGGAUCGCUUGCUGCAUUCAGAUUUUGGGUUUGCCGACAAUAAUCGACGAGGUACCGGACACUUUUUCUCCUUUCAAGCAUUGGAUGCCUUUCUUAAGACUAAUGGAUUGUCACAUGUUAUUCGUGCUCACGAAAUGAAGCAAGCUGGCUUUCAGAUUCAGCAAGAUGGCCGCCUGCUCACCGUAUUUUCGUCCUCUGGCUAUUGUAACAACUCCAACGAGGCUGCGUGCAUCUUAGUCGACCGACGCCGGUUGAGAACUAUUCGUUUGGAUACCUCAUGAUUGUCUGGCGGUCCAUUUCGUAUGCUGGCAGGGUUUGUUUUGGAUUUAAGUACUUACUUGAAAAUUUGGUUUGCUGUAAACAGCUUUGUACAGGCUGUCGGUUAUUGCUUGCAUUACUUUUUUACUCGUACGAUAUGCCUGUUGCUGGUGAAAUUAUAAGUACGCUGGAAAGUUUGCUUUCAGUUGUGUUCCACUGCACAUCUUGUAUAGUCUUUCGAGAAAAUAUUGUUAGGGAUAAAAACACUUUCGAGUACCUGUACUGCAUCUGUUUUCUGUAGGAUUAUUGUUGCAGCUUGUGCAUCUGACGAGACUCACGAGAGUACGUUACGUGAUGCUUUCUUGAAAGAAUAAACUCACUAAACUG